AUGGCAAACCGGUCUACCCGCAUAGCAAUACUGAACACUGACAAAUGCAAGCCCAACAAAUGCAACCAACAAUUCCGCUUUACAUUUUUCGUGUACCUCAAAUUUGCAGGCAAAAAGUGUAUUGAGGUUACACCGACGUCCAAGAGCGCUUCAAUCUCCGAAGAAUUGUGCACUGGUUGUGGUAUCUGUGUUCACAAAUGCCCGUUUAAAGCAAUUCAGAUCAUCAACCUGCCAAAGGCAUUGGACAAAGAAACAACCCACCGUUAUGGGCCUAACCAUUUUAAGUUACACAGGUUACCGGUCCCUAGGCCAGGGGAAGUUCUUGGUUUGGUCGGAACUAAUGGCAUUGGGAAGUCAACUGCCCUAAAAAAUUUGUCAGGCAGUUCGAAUCCAAAUUUGGGCCGUUUCAAUAAUCCUCCAGAUUGGCAAGAAAUCUUGACUUACUUUCCAGGAUCGGAGCUGCAAAGUUAUUUUAUUCGUCUCUUGCCAGAUAAGUUGAAGGCCGUUAUAAAGCCCCAAUACACGGACCACAUUCCAAAAGUAAUUGAAGGCAGUGUAGGGGAGAUUCUAAAACAGAAAGACAAGAGGAGGAUGAUGGAAGAACUCUGCCUUGAUCUUGAGUUAUACAUGGUUCUGGAUCGCAAUGUUGGCGAAUUGUCUGGUGGGGAGCUUCAGAGGUUCGAUUGCUGUUUCUGCCAUGCAGAGUGCAGAUGUAUAUAUGUUUGAUGAACCU